UUUUACUAUGUUCUCUUUAAUUUCACAACAAUAUAUUAUUUUUGUCUCUUGCAAUAAUCUAGUAAUAAACAAUCCCACUUUAUGAAAUAUCAGAUUUGUGAUUGUCUAAAUCAAAAUUUAUUUCACUAGGCGUUGACAAAAGUCAAUAAAAGAAAGAGCAAAAAUAGCUAGACCGGAUGAAGAAUAUUCCUCUGGGAGGGGAAUAUUCCACCAAAUUAAUGGGCUAAAAAGAAGCCCAUAUAACAUAAUAAAACCCCCAAAUUUGGGCCUAAAAUUACCAAUUUGGUUCGAAGAAGCCCCUUUCUUCAUUCCAAUUUCCAUCUCCUCCCGACGGUGUAAACGACGACGAACAGUAUCUGCGAAACAAGGCACGCCUCUCUCUCUCUCUCUCUCGAAAAUUUAUUUGAAAUUAGGGUUCAAUUCUGCUAAUUAGUGGCGGAAAUUCGAACAAUCUUCCUGCAGUUUUGUUUCAGAACUGAUAAACGAAUUCGGAUUUCGUUGAUUUUUAAGUUACCAGCUUGCUUGUUUAGCCAAAAGUGCAAUUGUAAUACCGAUUUUGCACCGAUUAUGUUUGCAUUCGGGAGUCGGGACCUUGUUUAACUGUGUAAGAGUUUUGAAAAAAAAUUGCUUCUGAAAUUGUCGUUAUCUUCUGGAAAAUUCACCGCUUCAGCAUAUAAUGAUGUUUCUCAACCGAUAGGAUAUAUUUUUUUUUUACCAUGGAGGGAUCAGACUCAGAGGGCAAACAAGAAGAGAAUGGCAACAACAGAAAUUGGGAUGAACUAUUACAUCUCUUUGCUGACGUAAUUGCGGGUGAUGACGAUUCACUCAAAGUUCAAGCGCUGAUCAAACUUGCAAAGAUGACAAGAUAUGCCCAUGAAGAUAUUUUGUCACGUGCUGUGCCGAUUUUGUUGAAUCUUCUUGAAAGUCCGCCGAGUGACCACCGAGUAGUGAUUCAAGAAGCCUCUGCUCAUUGUUUGAAAUGCAUUGCUGCCCAAGGCGAAGGCACAUUAGCCAAUUUCAUCGGCCAAUUGGGCGCUGUUCCCAUCAUUUUGAGACUGUUACCGGAUUCAGUAGAGGGUUUGCAGAGGGCAAUUUUGAAAUGCCUUCGAAAUCUCGUGUCAUUUUGGUUCCCAAAUCGCUUGAUUCUAGCUAGCAACAGCGGCCUCGAGAUUGUUCUUGCCAUGCUGAGUUCAUGCUCUGACGAUUCGAAGUUGAUUAUAUUGGAAAUUGUAAGCGCGCUGUCUCUUUUACGAGAGGUUCGCAAGUCUCUCUGGACUUCUAGAAGAGUCCACCAUCUCGUGGAAGCUGCUAGAUGUGGCCGCCUGGUGUCAAAAACUAGAGCCGCUCAGGCAAUUGGCUUGCUCGGAUUGAUCAAGAGAGCGCGUCGGAGCCUUGUGGACGCCGGUGCUGUGGUGGCACUUAUGGAUUUACUCAAGUUUGGAGAUUGUAAUGUGAAAUUGAUAGCUGCUAAUGCACUCGGUGUGAUUUCUUCACAUGUUGAUCACAUUAGGCCGAUUGCUCGAGCAGGGGUUAUUCCUUUGUAUGCGGAGCUACUUCAAGGCUCCGAUCAUAUUGGCAAGGAAAUAGCCGAGGAUGUGUUUUGUGUGCUGGCUGUUUACGAGGAAAAUGCAGUGGAUAUUGUCGAACAGCUGGUUGAAAUUCUUGGAGGAGACAGUGUGGGAGCAAAAGCUGCAGCUGCGGAUGUUAUAUGGGAUCUCUCGAGUUAUAAGUACUCGUUUCCUGUACUGAAGAACUCGGGUGCUAUUCCGAUUCUAGUUGGGCUUUUGAGUGAUGAGAAUGUUGAGGUUAGAGAGAGAGUUGUGGGAGCUGUUGCUCAGUUGAGUUUCAACGAGGUUGAUCGAGAGGUUCUUGCUGGCUGUGGUGCGAUUCCGCUUUUGAUUGGUAUGCUGGAGGAUGAGUUGGAUGAGCUGAGAGAUAAUGCUGCAGAAGCGCUUGUUUAUUUCUCGUUGGACCCUUUGCAUGGAGAUCGCGUAUCCUGUGUUUUGGAGCAUCCUUGUUUCUGGAAUAUGUUUGAUAGAGUAAUGCAAUUGCGUGCCUCUGAUGAACACGUGGAUGUGUCUUUGUGGCAGACGGAUGUAGAGCAACUUAUCUGAUGAAAAUCUUAAUGCCUCUUUAUAAGUUACAGAUGAAUACAGAGCAAUUCACUUUGGCGGACAAUGGCCUUUCUUUGCUUUUAAUUUAGUCUCACACCCUGUAGAUACAUUAAUCGCUCGUUUCUAAACAUUGUUAUUGGUGAAGUUCUUUGGAUUGGAUGGAAGUAUUGCUGAAUUUCUUGAUAUGGUAAAUUAAUAUACCGACCUUAUUGCUGUAAAUGUUGUUUUUUAUUUUAAUAAUACAUAGGAUUCUGGA